CAGUGUCGCCAUCUGUUGGUUGGAAAAAGUAAUUUUCUAAACCGGUGUUUACAUUUUGGUCUUUGGUGUUUUUUUGUCUUCUCUUGAAUUUUAUUAGUUCAAUUGUGAUCAAUUUUUGAUUAAAUUUCUGUUUAAUUUUGAUUGUUUUUGAUUUCCCACUCAACAUUGAUUGUAGAUCUAAUGGCCAAACCAGUGAAAAAUGUUGAUUCGAAGAAAAUUAGUUCAGACCUAUUUAGCUUAACAUAUGGUUCUUUAGUGUUCCAAUUAAUCAAAGAUUAUGAGAAUCCGGAAGAUGUCAACAAACAAUUGGAAAGGAUUGGUUAUAAUAUUGGCCUUCGUUUGAUAGAAGAUUUUCUAGCCAAAACAAAUACCCCUCGAUGCUUUGAUUUCAAAGAUGUUGCCGAUAAAAUUCAAUCUGCUUUCCGAAUGUAUCUUGGAAUUACUCCUUCAAUUACCAAUUGGAGCCAAGGAAAUGAUGAAUUCUCUCUGACAUUAGAAGCUAAUCCAUUGGCUGAGUUUAUCGAAUUACCCGAUCACCUUAUUAACCUGAGAUACUCCAACAUACUACCUGGUAUUAUUCGUGGCGCUCUAGAGAUGGUUCAGAUUGAAGCUAAAGCUUGGUUCUUGCAGGAUUAUCUUAAAGGAGAUGCUACAACUGAAUUAAGGAUCAAAUUUAUCAAAAAAUUGGAGGAUGUGAUGCCUCAAGGAGAAGAUUAAUUGUAAUAAUCAACAUCAAUUUAAUUGUUCUGUUCGGAUUCUCGUUCUUUUUACAAAAUUCUAAGCACUCACAUCAUGAUCGAAUCACUACUCUUUAAAUUAUCAAUGAUUCCAUGAGUGAUCAAAUUGUAUUCCUCUUAUUACACAAUUACUACCCAAUUAAUUAGUGAUUUAUCUUUGGUCUUUUUUAUAUUAUUAUUACUAUUGUUUUAUUAGUACCCAUUCCAAACUUAAUCUUGUUUUCUUUUUGUAUUAAUUGUCUCUCAAUCAAUGAAAAAAAUUCAUGUAAUUUAAAAUAAAUAGAAAAUCAAAUUAACUUAA